CAGUCAACCAGACAGGCGUGCGAGCAGGGUCAAGACUUGGAACACAGAGGCUGAGCAGUCCAAAUUGCCAGUGCCAUCCAGGGCUACUGAUCCCCCCGGCACAAACACCCUUUACUGACGCUGUGCCCCCUUCUGUCUCAUCAGCGGAUCCGGCAGUGCAGACAGACGGCAGCCCCCUCUGCUGCCACUUCCACUUCAGCCCCAAGGUGAUGUUCACAAAGGUACUGAAGGCUCAGCUGUGGGUGUACCUGCGGCCUGUGCCCCGCCCAGCCACAGUCUACCUGCAGAUCUUGCGACUAAAACCCCUGACCGGGGAAGGGACCGCAGGGGGAGGGGGCGGAGGCCGGCGUCACAUCCGGAUCCGCUCACUGAAGAUUGAGCUGCACUCACGUUCCGGCCACUGGCAGAGCAUCGACUUCAAGCAAGUGCUACACAGCUGGUUCCGCCAGCCACAGAGCAACUGGGGCAUCGAGAUCAACGCCUUUGAUCCCAGUGGCACAGACCUGGCUGUCACCUCCCUGGGGCCGGGAGCUGAGGGCCUGCACCCUUUCAUGGAGCUUCGAGUGCUAGAGAACACAAAACGUUCCCGGCGGAACCUGGGCCUGGACUGCGACGAGCACUCGAGUGAGUCGCGCUGCUGCCGAUACCCCCUCACAGUGGACUUCGAGGCCUUCGGCUGGGACUGGAUCAUCGCACCUAAGCGCUACAAGGCCAACUACUGCUCCGGCCAGUGCGAGUACAUGUUCAUGCAAAAAUAUCCGCACACCCACCUGGUGCAGCAGGCCAAUCCGAGAGGCUCUGCUGGGCCCUGCUGCACCCCCACCAAGAUGUCCCCCAUCAACAUGCUCUACUUCAAUGACAAGCAGCAGAUUAUCUACGGCAAGAUCCCUGGCAUGGUGGUGGAUCGCUGUGGCUGCUCCUAAGGUGGGGGACAGAGGAUGCCUCCCACACAGACCCUGCCCCAAGACCCCUAGCCCUGACCCUCAGCCCUCCAAGCCUCAGCGCUCCCUCCACUCUUCCCGUGAGCGUCACGCCGUGUUCCCCAACCAAGCAGUGUGCAAUACAACAGAGGGAGGCAGGUGGGGACUAAGGGUGAGAGGUUUGGGGUCAGGGGAAGUAGGGGCAUGGUCAGAGCGGGGAGUGUUUGAGUUUGCAGAUGAGAAGGUUUGGCAAGAAGACAGAGAGAUGUAGAGACAGAGGGAGAGAGAGAGGGAUAGAAGGCAGAGAAACAAAAAGAGCAGCAGUGAGAAGGCAAAGGGAGAGGCAGAAGAGACAGACUAGGCAGAGACAAACACGGAGAAAGAGACUGAAAUGGAGUAAUAAAGGAAAGCCCCACACCAAGCCUCCUUUCUUCCGCUAGCAAGGUGAGGGGCUUGGUAUAGUUUGGGGAGAUCCCCUGACUACUCAGUAGGAGAGGAACUAAAAAAUCCACUCUUAGCUUCUUCCUUCUCUCCCUCCCAACAGUGGCCAGGGAAGGGAAGUGAGGGCAGGGGCAAAAGUAAGGAUUUGGGAAUUUUAUUUAUUUAUUUAUUGUGACUUUUCAUUUUUUGGUAUUUGGCUUUACUGGAAUAGGAUGGCCCCUGCCCACUGUGCCCCAUUUAUCCUUUAUUCCCCAGACCCUGCUCUGCCCCAAUACCCACCCACUUAAGCACUUGUAUAAAGCCUCCAGGGUUGGGAAUGGGAGUAAAGGGCAAGAGGGCCGACACAGGGAAGUCUCUAACCCAUAGUCACCCUAACUCAACCUUUCUGAGCCAAACGGGUGGAAUUUAAGCCAGGUGUCAUGGAAAAUGGAAGAGGUUAGGGUGUAAGAGCUGGGGGAGCCCUCACCAUCCAGGAUUCUAUGUGAUGAGAGCCACUCACUGACCCUCAGGUCCAGCCUUAGGACACUGAGUUACUUAGCCAGAGGGUACAGCCUGCUUAUGCCCAAAUUCCCUCAGCCAAGAGAGAGACCAAAGAGCCUGUGGAAUGCCCCUGCUCCCAGCCUCUAUCUUCAGGUCAAUAAAAAAGCAUAGUGAUCCCAGAGUCCCGGUCUGGGAAGGGUGAGGAGGGAAAGGCGCAGUAAGGAGGCUGAAGGUUACAGGGCAUUUGAAUCCAAAUCACUGUUCUGGGCUAGGGAAUAGAGCCAGCAGACCAAGGUGGGAGGGAUUCUGGAGGGGGGACAUUUUAGUCCCCUAGCCCCAAAGCUCAGGGUGGAAGGGGGUAGAGCAAGGAAGAAGAGUGUCUAUAAUUAUUUUUACCUUUUAUUUUUGGAAUCUAACAGUAUGUGGCAGCAGGGAGAAGACAGGACAGUGGGGAAAAGCAUCUGACAAGACCAGGUAGAGCAGAGGAUGGGAGGGAUGGAGAUGCCGUGAUCUGGAGGGCUAGGAGGCAGGCAGAGCCUGGCUGGCACUUCAGGUCACUAGCGAGGCCCAUUCGUUCCUUCCACAAUCCUGAUCCACCCUCCUCUGGACUCACUGUGCCUCAGUUUCUUUCCCUCAAUGGAAUGAGAAAUCGCAGCACCCGCCACAGCCAAGAGAUGAAUUCUGAGCACUUACCACGGGCACUUUAUGGACAUAAAAUACCUCUCGCUGUGGGACAGAUAACCAGGGCACCAGAGUAGUGGUGAAGAGAUAUGAGGCUUAGAGAAGUCACAGGCUUCAGAGUACAAGUUCCCCUUGGCCUCCCAGCUGGACAGUGCCUGAAGCCAAGGAGUUGAGAAUCUCCUGCUCCACACCCUAUCCUUACUUCACUGCCAGACCUCUUGGCUCCAGGCAACAGCCUAGAGGAUGUCAGGAGAGGAGGGGGAAGAAUCUUCAGCAAAAUUAUCACUCUCAGUAGAGCCAGCAGUUACGGGUCUGAUAAAAGCAGUACUGGACUAAAGAAAAGCCCAAACUGGAGAGCAGACCUGGAAGGCUUGUUCUUCCCAAGAGCAUGACUCUCCCCGUUGGCCCAGUCGGUGGAGGGGGCAAAGGUAUGUGACCACCCUUGAGAAGGGGAUGGCGGUGAGCCUUAACAUCUUAUUCCUAUUCUCACAGUGAGAAAGUGAAAUGAGGUGUUUCAGCAGAGGAAUGGGCAAGGGCCGUUAAGCUUACCUUGCCCCACAGAGCAGCUGUGCUAACCCCAAGCCUCUCCUCUGGCCCUGUUCUUCAUCCUUCUGCCCCGAUAUUGGAGAACAAGACACAUCUGACCAUCAGUACCGCUCAUUUCCUUGGUGGAAGGAGAGGAACAGAGAAAUGAAGAACAGAAGAUACCUCCCUCCAAGGUCAAAUGCCUCUUGAUCUUGGCACGGGGUAGGGGUUGGGUAAUAAGCAUCAGGUAACUUCCCUCUACAGAGCUGAGGCAUUAAACGUGGGGGACACUUAGAAUAUUGCCCCUUUAAUACCACCAAAUAAAGACCUCUGCGAGAGGGAGGGUGGGGUGGUCUUUAUCUUAUGAACAUAAAACUAGGCGCUGAAGUCUCAUUCCCCUAUUCCUCUCUACCUCCAAAGAGGCAUGGGGUGAAGAGGCUUGGUGGCACAGCUCAGCAACCCAGUGGGAGCUAGCACUCCCUCCCACCGUAUGAUGGGUGUGGACCUGGCCAGUGCCCCUCCAAACAUAUCAUUAUUAGUGUAAUUAUUAUUUACUUUGUGUAUUUGUUACAUCAUGUGCGUGAUAGCCUUUGUUAAGGGUGUCUGAGGAGUAUGGGACUGACAGGGGCACUGGAAUGCUGUGAAAGGACUUCUUCACUGAGAUCAAGGCUUCCUGGAGGGAACCACUGCAAAAAAGGCCAUCAGGCAGUUUUCAAGUUAUGUGACAGAGGGCAAAGAUGGCCAUAGGGUGCUCUGAGUUUUGGGAUGGUCACAUGACACAAUCCAGCACUUGAACCUGAAAAAAGAAAAAUAAAAGCAGUCAAAGAGUUUAGAAUUCA